CUGUCAACAUACCCUGCUUCUAUCACAGAGGAGGCUAGAGAUUUGGCGGUUAAAUUGAGGGCAGAAGGGGAACAUAAGAGAUUGAUGACUCCAGAAAUGGUUUUAAGGCGUAUCUUAGUUCGAACUGCACAUAGGUUAAGACAAGGUGCUGUUAUGAGUCGAUCAGCGAGCGAAGAUGCCAUCAAGAAUUACUUCAAAGAAAUCCGAACAAGUCUGCUAAAAGGCGUUGGUGAAGCCGAAGCAUUGUUUGAAAAUCCGGAUGAAGUGAAAUGCUCACAAGAGAGUUUACCUGAAUGA